AUGGUGAGAACUCCUUGCUGUGAUAAAACUGGACUAAAGAAGGGUGCAUGGACACCAGAAGAAGAUAGGAAGCUAAUGGCUUAUGUUACUAGAUAUGGCUGUUGGAAUUGGAGACAACUUCCCAAGUAUGCAGGUCUACAGAGGUGUGGCAAAAGUUGUAGAUUGCGAUGGCUGAAUUACCUGAGACCAAAUAUCAAGAGAGGGAAUUACACUAAAGAAGAAGAGGAAACCAUCAUUAACUUGCAUGAAACAUUGGGAAACAGAUGGUCUGCUAUUGCUGCCCAGUUACCAGGGAGAACUGACAAUGAGAUAAAGAACCAUUGGCACACAAAUCUGAAGAAACGCUUGAAAAAAAAAUCAGGGGAAGCAAAAGAAACGUCCUCAGACGAUGAUCUGUCUCAAAAUGACAAGGGCCAAGAGAAAGACACAGAAGAAACAGGCAUUAAUACACAAAAUGCUGCUACGAUCCCUGAAAUAAUUGAAAGCCCCACAAGUGCAUUGUCUCCUCAAGCUUCGUCUAGUGAUUUUUCAACCACUGACAACACAACAGCAACAAACAUGGACCUCAUUUCUGACGACGAUUUCGCUUUCUUGGAAGCAUAUGAGCCCCCCAGUGGAAAUUUCUGGACCGAACCAUUCUUGUCUGACGAUUAUUUCAUGCCAAAUGAUUUUUUGGCACCCUCAGUGGACCCUGAUUCCCCAUUUUUCGAUGGAGAAAUUUUAAGCCCGUUUGCUUUUAUCAGUAUGGAGGAUUGUAACUUAUACUAA